CGAUACUUUAAGCCUAAGUAUUUUAUGUUUCUGAUAAAAAAUAGCGUAUUAAUUAUUAAAAUAAUAUUUCUAAACCAACAGAAGAAUACGAUGCUUAACAUUGGAAGUUGCAAGUUGUCAUCUGUUAUAUAACGCACAAGCAAUGAUGUGGAUGCAAUAACAGCAUGUCUUUUGACAUUUAGUGGCAACAUCUACAAUGUAUCGGAGCCGGAAUCUUCUAGUACUCUUCAGGGAAAGGAGGAAACUUUUGACAGUACAGAGACAGGUUGUUAGAUGCAGUGCUUUGAAAUGUCCGAAAUUUUCAAGGAGACAGCUGUCAGACUCUGUAAAGGUAUUGAGUCGUCGUGAAGAAUAUGACGGCAAAGAUGAGAAUCCUUCCACCAGAAAAUCUUCUCCAAAGAAACUUUUCUCUCUAGAUGAUAUACUUGAAGAGGAAGGAAGUGUAACAGGAGAUAAAGAAAAGCAGGUUGCUAAAGGUGAUUCAGAACCGAAGGCGAAUAAAGAAGUCUUGCAGAAAGAGGCACAAGAUGUUAAAAAACUUUCCACUCUAGAUGAUAAACCUGAAAAGAAAGGAAGUGUUACAGUAGGUAUUGAAAAGCAGAUUACUAAAGAUGAUUCAGAACAGAAGGCGAAUAAAGAGGUCUUGCAGGAAGGUGCACAAGAAAUGGAGUUAGAUGAUGCUAAGGAUCAACAAGAAGUUAAAAUUGAAGAGAAACCAAAUAUAUUAACUUUAGAUCAAGAACAGUGUGACAAUGCAAAAAUCGAAGAUGGCAAAAGUAGUAAAACCGUUGAAGUACUUGAUGAGGUUGAAGAUGUUGAGAAACCAGAAUUAGGCAGUAGAUCUAAACAUUCACUGAAAGAAGAAAUAUUUGUUAGAAAAGAAAUAACACUGAUUAAUUCUAUCCACGAUCAUAGCAAACUUUUAGAUAUGCUAGAUUUUUAUUUUCAUAAAAACUUAAGUGUAUCCAGUAAGAAUGCACUGAUAGUUUGUGUGUUGAAGAAUUUAGAAAGGCUAAAUGUGUUUGACCUUGGUGAAGAAACUGUUAAGGCUUUGCAAAAUCAUCUGGACUAUAAAUCACAAAUAACAAAAUUUAUCACAGCUCACCUUUUGAACAUCUUGGAUUUCUUCAUGAAGGGAAGUCCAGAAGAUAAUGAUGUAGCAUUUGCGCUGUUACAUGAGCUGUGUUGGAGGCUAAGAAAGACCCCGUUAAAGCCAACAUUGAUGAUUCUGGAGACUGUCAAACCCAGACAGUCGACUGACAAGAGGAGGGAAGUUUAUGAGAUGGGUAAACAGAGACUAUUAGAAAUUAUUGGAAAUGUUUCGAGUCCUCAGGAGCUGCUAAUGGCCAUGUAUCUUCUGACGGGGAAUAAGGAAGCACAGGUGCGAUUAGAAGAAGAGGCAUCCAUUAUGCUUCAGUCAAUGGACUCUGUGCAGACGUACAAACUGAUAUAUUUGCUAGGGUUAAAUUUCUCCAAGAACAAGUCCCUAGUUGGAAGGGCUUCGAAACAGCUUGGUUCGCGACCGAUUAAUCUAGAUAUGAUCAAGUUAAAAAAUUUAUUCUUUGCUUGUGGAGUGCUGAGAAUAAAUGAUCAAAACCUCUUACGUGAAAUGUCAGUCAACAUGCUCGAUUUUUUGAAAAAUGAGGGCCACUUCAUAGAUAGCGACAUUAGUUUGUCAGUUUUACUGUCCUGCUCAGUAAUCAGAUGGAAUUAUAAAAGUUUGACCAACAAAAUAAUGAAGAAAUUGAGUGAAGACAUAGACAGCUGUUUAAAUCAUCCUAAUAACAAGCUUUACUCUUUAGUCACGUCAAUAGGUCAUUUAAAUUUAAUCGAACACAGUGAUUUAGGGCUUAAAAUUUCAGAACAUUUAGUCAGUAAAGGAGUCCGACAAGGCAACUUGUUGAAUAUGCAUCAUUCCUUGGCAUGUAUACAGAAGGCAGACAAUGGAAGUGUUCUAGAAUUACUGCAGCCUGCCUUUUAUCAGCCAUUGUUGGAUAGCUUGAAAGAUCAGCCUGCCUUUUUACAGGACAAUUUUAAAAGAAAAUUGUUAAAUUUGUAUGGAUACCUCAAAGAAGACCACCAUAAAACUGUCCCAGACAUAGACAGUCAAGCAAAGGAGUGGAGGGAUCAGUUACAAGAAAAGACCAAGUCUGUACCAUUAUACGGUCUUGCUAAAGUUGUGAGUGAAGUCCUGACUGACAUUGCACCACUUGAGAAAUACACAAACACCAAUGUUGUGACCAAGUAUGGAUAUACUAUAGACUUUGAAAUAUUUGUGGAUAAAAAACUGAAGGCAGUUAGGCUAGACAGUUCUGAAGGAAUGCAGAAAGUUUGGAUAAAGAUGUUAGACUACAGUGGUUUUAUACAGGGUGGUCAAGAGCCAGAGUACUCCGGAGAUACAGCAAUGAUGUUAAGGCAUCUGAAGUCAGAACAAGAGGCUGCUAUUGUUUAUGUUCCUUAUUUAGACUGGGGACAGCUGGAAAAGAAGGUAGAUCACCUCCUUUACCUUGAGGCCAAAAUCAAAGAGGCUGUGGAGCCUGCUGUGGAAACGAAGGACUCGGCCUCAUCUGAUCUACAGCAGGGAGAGGAAUUACAUACCUAGACAGUGUGAUAUUUUAAUGAUCGUUUUCAUAAACAGACUUGAAAGGAUGUGAAUGUAUUUUAGAGAUUUUGUUUCAGUUUGUUGUUAACAAGAAUGGAAAUUUCUUUAUAUGUUCAGUGGCAGUGUUCAGUAACGUUGGUUGAUCUUUGUAGCAUACACAAGAAGACAAGUAGAUUGUCACAUUACAGAAUUAUAUAUUGAAGUUGGUAGUUGUUCGAUGUCCAUGAUGAAAUAACUGCCUUAAGGAAAAAAAUUUCAGUACUGGUAAUUUUUGCUGCCAGUCCCUCCUAUGUCUCUUAAAUUCCAACCUGCUGUAAAGAGAUCAAGAAAUUUUAUUUAUAAAAGUGAAUUUUUUUUUUUCAAUUCUUAAAACACCCUCUCUACCUUUAAUUUUUCCCUUUUGUCUACUAGGAAUAAGUAUAGACAUAAUUGAAAAUAACAAGCAUUAUAAGAUUUUAUUUUAUGCCAGGUGAUGAAAUACUGCAUUUUAUGUAUGAAAUAUAAUACAUAUCACACACUAUUUCUUUGCUUGUUUUUCAUCAUAAAAAAACAAAGAGAAGAUUGUUUGUUUUAUAAAUAUGGAAUGUCUCAAUCUCUUUAAACGUUCCAAUGUGCCAGAACAUCAAAUAAGCAUGCUAAUAUGACAAGUAAUAUAUUUGUUUUAUCAGUGCAUUUAUUUGUCUUGUUAGAGCCCUGCAAAUGCUCCAACACCACAACACGUCAGACAGAAAUCAGUCGCCAUAGUUUUGUGCCAGACUACAGCUGUGAUAGGUAACUGAGUUUUCAGUGCAUGACGAUUUUUUUUAGCAAAUAUCACUUUUGAUAUCAGCCCGCCCUUUUAGCUCAGAUCUACAUAUCGCAGGGUCUCGAGUUCGAUUUCUGGGCAGUACCUUUGUUCUCUGUGACGAUCUGGUAAAAGACAUUGUAUCUGAAAUCAAUCUUCCUCCACCUCUGAUGCAUUUGGGAAGUUGUCGGUUACUUGCGGAGAACACAUUUGUACUGGUAUAGAAUCAAGGAACACUGGUUAGAUUAACUACCCGCUGAUACAUAACUGAAAUACUGUUGAAAAAAAAACAGCAUUGAACCCAAAACACCCAACACGCCAGAACGAAAUGGCAGAAAUCAUCAUAAUUUUGUGCAAGUCCAGCUAUGAUAUGUAACCGAGUCGUGUAGGGGAAUGAUUCAGUGCAUUGUGGUUAUUUCAGCAAAUAUCUUUUUUGAUGUGCAAUGAAAUUGAUCGUUUGUCGCAUAUUGUUUCAUAACAAAGUGAGCUUCAGUACUUAAGAAGUUGAUAAUGUUGUUUGUAUGUUAAAAGAGAAUGGUUGAAUCAAAGCAUGUUUUUAUUUGAUAUGUUAAAUCAUUAACAUGAUCAAGAUGAAAUUGUGUAAAUGAAAUGCUGAGAAAAAGUUUGUAACCUCAGAUUAAUUUAUGUAUUUGAAGAUAUAGUUAUGCAACACUAGUGCUACUUUGGAAUAUGCCAUUUUUAAUAUGUAUAAAAUAUAUGUCUGAAAUUAAGAAAUCAAAAAGUAAAAAAUGGUAAUUAUUUGUAAAAACCUAUUUUGUUUGUUGUGUGAAAAAGAACCUUAGAUGUAUUACUUACUGCGUCUGAAAUUGUAUUGGGGUAAUUAGGUAAAAAUGCACAGUGUAAUAUGAUUAAAAUAAAGGGCACUAAAUUUUACUUCUUCUUAUCAGGACUACAUAUCUUCUCUAGACAUCUUCUUACCAGGUUUUCAUUACUUCUCUAAACUAUGUCUCUAGACUUUGAACAAGUUGCUUUAAAAUGCAAGAACUGGGGUUUCAACUUAACUCGUGAAAUGCCUUUCAGGUGUUCGUAAUCAAGUGUAAUUUUGAAAUAGUAGGCUGAAAUGUAUAUGAUAGUUUCAUAGUGAAAAAUAUCGAGAAUACCUUUUGUUGGUAUCGAUCUACAGUAUAGGUAAAAUAUAGUCAAAACUUAAAACUAUUGAUAAGAAAUGAAAUGAAUAUAAAAACUAUUGGUUUUACAUGUAAAACCAAGAUAUCCAACACAGGAUCAUUCACUACUUACAAUUUUGGAAGUAUUGCAUCUGUUUGUUCACUUGGUGAAAAAUAUUUCGAUCUUACUUUGAAAUCAAUAUCUGAGCCGUGCCAUGAGAAAACCAACGUAGUGGGUUUGCGACCAGCAUGGAUCCAGACCAGCCUGCGCAUCCCCGCAGUCUGGUCAGGAUCCAUGCUGUUCGCUAACAGGUUCUCUAAUUGCAAUAGGCUUUGAAAGCAAACCCACUAUGUUGAUUUUCUCAUGGCGUGGCUCAUCUUGUUUGUAUUCUAUGCAGGUAAUUAACAAUCAACAACAGGUCUUUUGUUGAAAGUAUUUUUUCUCUCUUUUCUAAAAAAAGGAAGAAAACGUAACAUUUUGCUGAUAGUAGCUUUAAUACUUUUCUAUUUGAUUUUAUUUGGCUGUACAGAAAUGCUCAAAAGUUGAUAUAUUGACAAUGAAAUAGUGUUUGUGCAUGUAGAAAAUCUAUUGUUGUAUAUUUUUUUUGUGAUUGAUGAAUAAAUUUAGAAUGUUUAUGAGAAUUAAACGAUAACACAUA